AAGAGUCUGACACCACUUAGUGACUAAAACAACAAGAGGCAGCCUGCCCUACUUCCUUGGAAGAAAUAAGGGGUGGGUUUGUGAUGGACAGAGGAGGUGAUUGGUGUUUAGUGGCACAGUGAAGUUACCAAUCCCACUUAGUCUUAAAACCGGAAAGCUGGAGGUGCCUGUUUAUCCCUGCCUGCCCCACCUACAUUUUAAGUGACAGUUAAAAAAAUUAUUAGAGAAAUAUUCAGGCAUACAGUAAAGUUGAGAGAAUUGUGUAAUUAACUCCAUGUAUCCAGUACUCAGCUUCAGUAAUUAGCCGUAUGUUUAGGCAGUUUUUUGACUAGUAAAUAUAAUGCCCUGAGAGCUUCACUUCUUUAUCUGUAUUCAACUUUUGUCUUUCAAAUUUUGGUUCUUGGGGCUUUGGAUACUGAAAUUGUAUCAAAAGAAGGAUUUGAGUGAGGAAUUUAGUGUUUAGUGUUUAAGCUUUUUCAGCUCUCCACCCUCUCAGGAGAAGCCACUGGUUGUAGGGUGCUAUUGUAGGUGGAAUUUGGAAGUAUUGUGGCCAACAGCUGUUUUUCAUAGAACAGAUCACUGUCCCAUUUUCCGUGCCGAAGACCGGCUAAAAACAAAGCUGGGGAACCGACGGGCAUCAGGUCUGCUCUUACACCAAUUCAGUGCUGUUUUCUGAAUAAGAGCAAAUUUACAGAACAGUUUCCUGGUCACGCUCUGGGGAGUAUCUCAGUAUUUCCCCCUUCAUUUUGUACGUCCAGGUCCAGUUUGGGGAUGAGCUGUCAAUCUUUCUGAGUUUCUGAUGCUUGAUAUUGACUAGCUUCUAACCACUUCCUCGCCCAGAGCUUGCCGAGCACUCCCCUUAGGGGCUCCUGGGGAAAGAGAAAAGCUGCUGAUUUGGUAAAAAGAGGGAACGUUGAGCCGGAAUUGCGCUCGCCUAGUUUUGUGCCUUGAAAAGCGAGAGUGCCGGGGAAUGAUCCCCAUAUGCCCCUCGCUGGUUCUCGCUAUAGAAAUCUUGGCGUCUCCGGGGAUAUAAGAAAGUGCAGGAGAGACUUAAACUCUCAGCGGAGAGGCUGAGAAUCCAGCACGGAACGCACCAUAGCACUUGGUUUGGGGGUUCCUGUUUCCUUAAGCCUAGAAGGCCUAGUGGUUCAUGGUCGUGGUCCCGCCUCCCAGGGUGUCGGCCCGGCGGUUCCUCUCGGAAUUCCUCCCUCUGCCGGCCCUGUAGGGAGUCAGUGGGUCCGAGCGCCCGGGACCCGAUGCUCGGCUCUCAAAAUAGUCGCUGAGAGACGCCCAGCCGAGCUCAGCCCCAGUUUUAAGCCGUCUUCAUGUAGAGUUUGUAGACGUUAAGACUGCGGCAGUCAGGGCGUUGUCCUAGGAAACGCAGUUUAAGGGAAGGUGUGUUAGUUUCUCGGAGCAUCUUUUUGCCCCGCCUUGCGCUCGCUGCCUGGGCGCGGGGCGAGUUCCCAGUGGGCGGGCAACCGAGACCGCUCUUCCCGGAGCCCGGCAGUUUUCCUCGCCUCUGCACCCCUAGGCGGCGCUGCGCUCCUCCGCUCCCGCAGGCUCCGCUUUCCCAGACGGCUGCCGAACCUCGAGUCUAGCAAGCCUUGCUGUCAGCCGGCCGGUCCCGGGAAAUUACGGCAUUCGGAAGGCGAACGUCGGCUGUCUCUGCACUUCCAGAGGGCAGCGGCGGCCGACCGGCCUUCGGUUUUUUCCUUUUACCACGGCUUGCACUCUCCGGGAGUCCGGAGCAUGGUCCCGGGUCACGGCUGGUGGAGCGAGGACGCCGAGAGGGAGGGGGAUGGUGGGCUGGAGGGUGGCGGUUCUAUGUAUGUGGGUUUCCUGCGGCUCUGUAGCCGGACAGCUCGAAUACUCAGUGUCGGAGGAGACCGAACGGGGCGUAGCCGUAGGCAGUGUUGCCCAGGACUUGAGGCUGUCAGCGGCCUCUCUGUCCUUGCGGAACUUUCGCUUCCUUUCCAGCCGCGGCGAGACUUACUUCGGGGUUGAUCUGGCCAGCGGAAGCUUGGUGGUCCGAGAGCCGGCGGACCGCGAACGGCUGUGCGGGGCCAAAGCUGCCUGCGUCCUGAUCUAUGAGCUUGUGCUCGAGGACCCGCUAGAGCUGCACAGGGUCCAUGUUCACGUCCUGGACAUCAACGACAACUCGCCUCACUUCCCUGCCGGCGACGUGCAAUUCCAUAUUCCUGAGUUCCUUAUGCCCGGAGCCCGCUUUACUCUCCCUAAUGCCGAAGAUGCCGAGGAAGGAAGCAACGGGUUGCUAAGCUACAGCCUGAGCCCCAGCCGGCACUUUCGCCUGGACAUGGGUUCGCGGGUCGACGGCAGCGAAUUCCCAGAGCUGGUGUUGGAGAAAGCGUUGGAUCGGGAGCAGCGUGCCACCCACCGGCUAGUGCUCACCGCUCGGGACGGCGGGCUGCCAGCUCGCUCCGGUGAGGUACAAGUCACCAUCGUCGUGGUGGACACAAACGACAAUGCACCUGUAUUUGAGCGCUCAAUAUACCGCACCAAGGUGCCAGAGACUGCACCCAAUGGGACUGUGUUAUUCCGAGUGCAAGCCUCGGACCCGGAUGAAGGCUCCAAUGGGGAAAUCCGGUACUCCUUAAGAAAUAGCACCCAAGCCAAGCUGCAACACCACUUUCACGUGCACCCUAGAAAUGGGGAAGUGCGGGUCGCUGCUUCACUAGGUCCUCCUGAAACGCUGUUGGAGGCAUACCUUGAGGCAAGGGAUGAAGGUGCCUUCAGUCUAGCCAGCACCGUUAAACUGCUGGUGGAGGUGACUGACGUGAACGAUCGCCCUGAGGUGAACCUUCUCACUCUCUCCAGUCCCGUUUCCGAGGACGCCGCCACUGACACAGUGAUUGCUCUCCUUAAUGUAAGGGAUGAAGACCUUGGUCCCAAUGGUAAAGUCACCUGUAGCAUGUACGGUGGAGGCCCCUUUAAGUUGAAGGCUUCCUUUGGCAACUACUACAGCUUGGUGACUGAUGGGCCGCUGGACCGGGAGCAAGUCAGUGAGUACCAGGUUCUGAUCACUGCCUCGGAUGGUGGCUCACCUCCACUUAGCACUCGCAGGACACUGACUGUGUCAGUUGCUGAUGUGAAUGACAACACACCAAGCUUUCCUAAAUCGAAACAGGAACUUUUUGUGGCUGAAAACAAUGCCCCUGGGGUCUCCCUAGGACAUGUGUUUGCCCAGGACCCAGAUCUGGGGAAGAAUGGCCUUGUCUUCUAUGAGCUGUUGGAUAUUAUCUCUGAAGGACAGGCAGCCUCUAGCUUGGUGGAAGUAGAUUCAUCCAGUGGGGCUAUCACUGCCAAAAUUUCCUUUGACUUUGAGUGGCUCAGGGGGUUUCACUUCCAAGUGGAAGCCCGGGAUGGUGGCUUUCCUCCCAGAAGUGCAACAGUGACUGUGAACUUGUUUGUGGUGGAUAGGAACGACAAUGCUCCAGUCAUCUUGUUUCCCUUGCCCAAAAAUGGCUCUGUCCCAGUGGAAAUCGUGCCCUGCUCUGCCAGAACAGGACACUUGAUCACAAAAGUGGUAGCAGAAGAUGCAGACAGUGGCUCCAAUGCUUGGCUUUCCUACUACAUCUUUCAGGCUUCUGACUCGAGCCUUUUCAGAAUUUCAGCCAACAUGGGAGAGCUCCGUACUGCUCGUUUAGUUCUUCCCACUGAUGCAGUUAAACAGAAGGUGGUGGUGGUGGUUCAGGACCAUGGAGACCCAUCACUUUCUGCCUCUGUCACAUUGGGUGUGCUGUUGAGCAGCUCUGCCCCUCAGGUCCUUCCAGACUUUGAAGAUGGCUGGGAAACAGGAGGGCACCUUUCUGCCCAGAACCUGUAUUUAACAAUUGCCCUGGCCUGUAUUUCCUUUUUAUUUCUGGGGUGUCUACUUUUCUUUGUGUGUAGCAAGUUGAGCCAGAGUGCAGGUUGUUGCACUCAGAGCUGCUGUCACUCUCCAGAGGAGCUGAGGUAUGGAAGCAAGGUGGCUUCGAAUCCUUGCAUGUCAUCAGCCACAAUAGAUGUCACUACAGUCGAAAGACUUUCUCAUACUUAUCUCUGUUGGGCCUCCCUGGGACUUGGUUAUGAUAAUAACAGUUUGCUGUUGCAUGGGGGAUACAGUGCUGCUGACCUGAGAAAUCUGGCCUCUGGGGUAGAACUGAAUGUGCCAAUGUCCUGUCUCCGGAUUUGGAAUAGGAAAGGGGAUCAUGCAAAUGUCAAUGCCAUGGUAAGCAUAUUUUAUGGAAUUUGAUUCCCUUGACCAGGAGAUGGUCACUAGGUAUUUAUAAAAUGUUUCUUAUGUGAGUCUUUGGUAGCAUGUAAUCCAUUGAAUUGAACACUCUGGCUCAGCAUCCCCUGUGCUAAGGAUUCUGGGAAGAUCCAGGUGUUAAAAGAGAUCAUUUUUGGCCUGAAGGAGGUUACAGUUUAUUUUUGAAAAACCAAGGUAAGAAAUUCAAACCUAUUAAAGAACAAUUAAAGUAAUACAGUAUAAAGUUCUAAAAUUGAAAAGAAUAAACCACCAAAGUUUCUGGAACAGGUAAUAAACAACCUGGGAUGUCUUUGAAUAAUUCCUUUUAUGAAUUUCUUUAAGGAAUUACUUGAAAUAAAUAUCCUUUCAUUAGAAAACAUAUUUUGAGCAACAGAUAUGUUUAAGGCAUUCUGAUACCUAAGGUGAGAAUGAAAAUUAUGGAAGAGUUUUUGCAUAAUACAAACUUAGUAUCAUGGAUGAUGAGACAUUUACUCAAACCAUAACAAAUACAUGAUUUAAACAUGAUGAUAACCUAAAACAUGUAAAAAUAAAUCAUAACAGAUGUUCAAAGAAGGGAGAGAGAGAACAUCUAGACAGGGAAGAGGGAAUUAGAGAAGGUUUUGUGGUAGAGAUGGCAGUGAAUUGGAUUGUGAAUGCUAUACCAUUUAAUAAAAUGCAGCAUAUUCCCUAGGCUAUAUUUUACAAUGAAUACUGUUUUGACAAAGUAGUCUUUUUUGAUAAUGGUAUUCCAAAACAUAGAUAAUAGUUCCACACAGUAUUUGUAAAUAUAUAGAAAUAAUAAGCAUGUCUCAGAGCACUUAUUUGUACUGACAGAAAGAUGAUACAGUUGGGUAUAGGACUUGACAAUCUUUUAUUAUGUGUUCCUAUUGAUGCAUUUCACAAAGAAAACAGAUGUAUAAUUGCCAUGUCAGAAACAUUUGUGUGUUCAAGGUGCACUUCCCAUUCAAAGUCCAUUCAACUUGGAUUUAAUUUUCUUAUUAUUUUAGAAGCCAGUAAACUUUGAAAUAAGAAAAUACCAUGUUAAGGUGCAAUGUCCCUAAGAAGGCUUCCCUCGUAGCUCAGUCAGUAAAGAGUCUGCCUGCAAUGCAGGAGACCCGCGUUCGAUUCCUGGGUCAGGAAGAUCCCCUGGAGAAGGAAAUGGCAACCCACUCCAGUAUUCUUGCCUGGAGAGCCCCAUAGACAGAGGAGCCUGGCAGGUAGUCUAUGGGACUUGACAGUCUAUGGGUUUGCAACAAUUGGACAUGACCAAGCACACACAGCAACAGCAGCAGCACCUAAGAAAGAUUAAAUUAUUCAAAUACUUCAGUUCAUCUAUAGUGGCCCUUGGUAUUUCAAAAUUUUCUAAGAGAAGUGGGAGCAAUUGGAUUAGAAAUUUUCCAGUAUUACUUUGUGACUUCUCAUAGAGAUCAUGGAUACAAGGGAAGGAGGUAUGCAGAAGUUAGGGAAGGGAAUGAAGGGAAUGUUUUACCAUUUCAGAUAAUAAGAGGGAAAUUGGGUUAUAAGUUACUCUACUUCAAAUAAUGAUGUUAACCGCAAAUAAAAUAGAUUUGCAUCUUUUAUAAUUUUGCAUAUUUAAUAUUUACAGCAUGAUACAAUGGAAUCCAUUAUAUACUAUAUGAUUAGUCAAUAACUUGAUGAAUAAAUGAUUCAAUUUGUGAAUCUA